AUGCACGUGAAGCGGCAUAAUGCGAAGUUGAUGGAGUGGUACGACGCCCAGCUCGGCAUUCAGCUGCCCUUCUCCCCCGUCUUCUUCGAGUUGAAGCAAGAGGAGCGGCAGGCGCCGCUGAUCCUGCUAACCUUCUGCACGGUGCGGGAGCCAACGCACCGCAUGGCGAUCACUGUCGAGGAGCUCUACGAGCCACAGACAGCGGCGGCGUAUAGAGAGGCUAGUCUCGGCCGGAUUGCCGACUGCGCCAAGAUUGUAGGGCAAUCGACCACGCGCAUCGGUAGCAAGGAUCAUCCAGCAGCGGAGUACUGCUACGUCGAUGACCAUCAGGCCAUGAACUGUGUCUUCUCCAUCUUCGUAGUACACAGGCGGCUCGCGGUGACGGUGCAGUACGUGGCCCCGACUCGCGUGCGCAGCGUGAUGCCGACAGCCGUCUACGACAUUGUGCGCUUCCUUGCCUUUGCCACGCCGUCUCCGUCACCGUCGUACCUUCUCGUGUCUGAACCGCGGCUAGGCCUGGGGUACCACCUGCCUCUGGACUUCCUCGUCCACGAGGGCCUUGCGGAGAGCGACGGCGUCGAGGACCGCCUCUUCACCUCCUCUAUGACUGCCGGUGGUGGCGGGCCUCUGUCAACCUUCCCCGGCGGCAUCAAUGCACCCCAGCCGUACACACGAGGUACUGCAGGUGCGGACGAGGCCGCAUACCCGCCCUACUGCCAUCCCUCUUGCUACUACACUGGCCACGCUGGCGGCGGCGGCGAUGAAGGCGCGUGGAUGGUGCCAUACGCAACGGCGAUGAGUCGUGGAGGUCGCCGCAUGGGGCUCAUUGCUUCGUACGAGCCAGCGGGUGUCGCCACGGCGACGUGCACCCUCGACGGCGGCGGCGCGGCAGCUGCGACGAGUGGCAGCGGGGUCCCGUAUGCAUGGCAAACGUACCUCGAACAGCAGGUGUGCAAGGCUGUGCGCCAGCUGGGCCUCGUGCUUGGCAGCAGCGAUGAUGACUGUGCACCGCACGUCGUCUUUCAGGCCCCCGACGCCGCGCACCCGCCUUCGCGCCAGACGUUGCUGGUAGAGCCGUACCCGCUGUCGAUCGCGCUCAAGGGGAACUUCAGCGCUGGUGACGAUGCCCGCGAGGAGGACAGCGACGCAGUGGCGCUCGUCACCGCCUUCUCCCUCUUCCGCGAAGUGCGCGUGGACGUUAACAGUGCCUAUCUGACCCUCGUCCCGGACGCGUUAGAGAGCGUUGCUGCUGCUGCUGCGGCUGCUCGCUCGCGGUCUUUCACGGGGGUGGCCGACUUGACGGCUUGCACCGUUAAGGCGUACUGGAGCGCCUUCUACGUGCCCGUCGGCACGGCAUGCGUGAGCUUCCACUUCAUUGCCUCGGCGCUGCGGCACACCUCGACGGAGUUUGUUUCCUUUUGUGCCGCCGUCAUGAACUCUGUGUCGCUCGGCAACCACUACGGCCAGAGCGUGUCGGUGCUGUACUGCAACAUCCGGCAUGACGUGCUGCCUUUCCGUCUGUCGCUGCCGCCGACUGGGAUGGCGACUGUCGAGGAGCCCAUGCUGGCUGAUCCACUCUGUGUGGUGCAGGCCACGUACGGGGUGGAGAAGGUCGGCGUGACAGUGCGCGUGUUUCCGCUCUUCACGUCUACCACGUCACCGGUAGAGGACGGCAGCAGUGGCGGCGGUGGUACUGGCUUUGCUGCGGCCACGGCAACGACGGAUGGCCGGCCCCUGACGCCGUCCAAGGCGCUCCCACCGCGCCCCAUUGCAGAGCGCCGAGGUACUCGUCAACGCUCCAUCUUCCGACAACUGCAGCACAUGAUCCGCUACUACCUUUCCCAGUUCCCCGGCGGCGUGCACAUUGUGUCACAGGAGCGCACUACGGUGGACGCGAUGCCGGCCAUCCGUGUGUGCUUCAAGCCUCUGUGGUACGCGGGGGACAUUGGGGACGGAGGCGCGCAACGCACCGGCGGGGGUAGCGGCAGCGCCGCGCCACCGGCGUCCUCAGUGACCAGCUGGGACGAGGCUUGUGGCGGUGGUGGUGGCGGUGGCAGCUCGCAGGCCACGUCCGACUGGGUAGGGGCCCGGGAUGCCCUGUUGGAGGAGGAGAUCGGCCAGCUGAACCCCUUCGCGCAGUACUUCCCACCUCCACCCCCGCCAGCGAGCUACCUCUGGGGCCAGCAACAGCAGCCACAACUCACGCCUGCGUCCUCCGGCACGAUCGGGAAGGCGAGCACUUCAGUGACAGCUGCGUCGUUGCGGAAGGCCGCUGUCGCCGGUGCUGCGGCGAGUGGUGGUGCCGAGGCAAGCACGAGGGACGAUCAGGAGAGUCAGCCCUACUACGGACCGCGGGGUGACGAGUUGCAGCACUCGCAAGAGGAGCUGGACGACCCGCUGCGCGUCGCCAUCGUCGUCUGCUGCGAGGGCAAUGCCUUCCUCUUCCAGGCUUCUGCCUCUGAGUACACGCUGGGCAUGUCAAUGCAAGCGGUUCAAACACUUGCGAUGUACUUGGCACCCAUUCCGCGCGGUAACUGA